CAACAAAUGAUGCGUCGUCGCCGUUUAGAAAAAUUGUUGUCCUUCGUCGUGUAUUUCUUUGUUUAAAAUAUUAAAAUUAAAAAAUGGAAUAUUUUCGUCCAAUUUGGAGUUGCAUGUCUUCACUUUUUUGCGGCUGUUUACACUGCAAUGAUGAUUUAACAAAUCAGGGUUACGAUCCCAGCGAGAGAACCCAUUUGCUUUCGGACACUGUUAACAAUAGUCCAGCUUUAAGAAGGACAAAUUCUGAAAACAUCAGUUCGGAUUGUCAAUCAGUUCCAAAAAAAGAUGAUCAACAAAAUGCGCUAUGUCGUCUUGUCCAAAACACAGCAAUUAAUAUGAUCGAUGUUGGGGCAAUGGAUUCCCAUAACUUAGAACAUCAGGAAUGUGACGUCCGGAUCAAAUUAUAUUCUCAUCGCUUACAACAACAGUGGAGUAAUAUACAAAGUCCGUCAAAAAGGGUGAAGGGUAUUUUAAAGGAUAUUCCGAAGCCUGAUGUUUAUUUGACGUUAUCAGUGAAUCCAGAAGAUAUUAAUCAGAUGACUGCUGCGAUCGAGAGGGUCCAUCGUGCCUUGGCUAACAUUAAAAUAGAUCACAAAGAAGCAAUUGUUGUGCCAUUUAGAAUUCCCUAAUUUAAGGAUCUUUAAA